CGUGUGGAGGCCGAGCGGGAGGCAUUGGAAGUGAAGCUCAAGCACGCCCGCAACCAAGUGGAAGUGGAGAUGAAGAAGCGGUUCCAGGCAGAAGCUGAGCUGGAGAAGCAGGAGCACAAGCUUCGGCUGGUCUUCGAGUCCCUGAUGGGGGAGCCGUGGGGCACCAAGGUGCUGAGCGGGGAGCAGUGCUCUGUCCUCAGUGCCUUGGCUGGCUGGCACCUUGGGGCCACCCUGGCACCGGGCAGCUUACUCCACAGGUCAUCUGCAGUGGAUGCAUCAUGCCAGUCCCUCCUGUCCCAUUCGGAUAUCAGCUAUGACCGCACUGAGGAUGAUGUGGAUGUUGAUAGGACAACAGUGGUGAGGACCCUGAAGCGCAAAGCCCAGGAGAGGCAGCGUGUGUCCCUGGCCUCUCAGGUUGGCCCCGUGGUGAUGGCAAAGCGGCACCGUUCUUCUGUGGCACUCCUCAAUGCUGUGAGUAGGGAUGCUGGGAUGCAUGGGCUGCCCUGUGUCCCUCCUGCUGCUGAGGUCCCGGGCCCUGCUGGCAGCCUGUCACCCACAGUUCUUCUGCCAUGGUGCUGCUCUCAUCAGGGACAUCGUGCCUCUAUGUGUGCAGUUUGCUUUUCUGGGUCCCCUCCACUGCAUCCUCUCUCUGCAGAGCCAAUCAUGGUGUCAGGCACCAGUGAGGAUCCAGGCUGCCAUGCCCCGGUGCAAGACAGCCACACAGAGAGCAGCUCCAUGGGGCAGCCAGCACCAUCCCCCUUCAUCUCACCUCCACCAGGCCUUCCAACCCUCCAGCACCAGUACACCUCCAAAAUGGUGAUCCGCCCUGAGCUAUGCGGUGUGUGCGGCUCCCGCAUCCGCUUUGGGAAGGCUGCCAUCAAGUGCCGUCAGUGCCACCUGCUGCUGCACCUCAAGUGCCAGGAGCAGUGCCCCACUGCCUGUGUGCCCCAGCCUCGCCACCAUGCCUGGCCCUGUGAGGGUGUGGUGGCAGACUUUGCCCCCUCCACGCCACCCCUGGUGCCAGUGCUGGUGGUGCAGUGUGUGACCGAGGUGGAGAAGCGAGGCUUGACAGAGACAGGGCUGUACCGCAUACCAGGUGCGGAGCAGCUGGUGCAGGAGUGGAAGCAGAAGCUGCUGCGAGCAGGGGGCACGCUGCCUACCCUCAGCAGUGUGGCUGACAUCCAUGUGGUGUGUGGGGUGCUCAAGGACUUCCUGCGGGGACUCAAGGAGCCACUGGUCACCUUCAGCCUCCACCCUGCCUUCCUGCGGGCUGCCGACAUCCUGGAUGAUGCUGCCUGUAGCACAGCCCUGUGCCAUGUGGUCAGCAAACUGCCCCGUGCCAACAGGGACACCCUGGCCUUCCUCAUGCUGCAUCUGCUCAGGGUGUCACAUAGCCCCGAGUGCAAGAUGGACGUGCUCAACCUCUCCCGUGUGUUUGGCCCUACGCUGGUGGGACACAGCUCGGCCAACCCUGCACCGCUUACCAUUUUGGAGGAUGCGCCACGGCAGUGCAAGGUGGUGGCUCGGCUCCUCUCACUGCCACCUGACUUCUGGAGAGGCUUUGUAGGGACAGAGCAGGAGAAGCUGGUGCCAAUACCACCCUCGAGGGGUGAACGCGGUGAGACACGGUCCCCUCCCUGCCCUGUGGCUGCUGCUGAAGUCCUGGGUGCCCAGCUGAGCCCCCCGGGCUCCUGCUGCCUCCCUGGCACCCUGUGGAGCUGUGUAGGCAUGGGCGCUCAGCCCUCGCAGGGGCCAGCCCCGAAGAAGGUGGGCAGGUUCUUCCCUUCUCCUGUGUAG